CCAGUUAUUCUUUCUUCACUUCAGAUUCCACUAUCUGCCGAGGUGGGAUUCAAAGCCGGACUUCAGUUGUAUAUUUUAAUAUUCUGGAUAAAAGUUAAAUGCAUCAGGGUAUUACAAGUGGACUUGCAGGUGGGAAUCUCAAUAAUUGUGACACCAAACUGUGACGGAAUUACUCAGUCCAUCAGAACCUGGAUAUUAGCAUUAUUUGAUUUUGGACAGAGGAGGAAAAAGCACCAUUCACACUAGGAACAAACAGUAUCGUGUAUGAAGGUUCAUCUAACAUGUCCAAACACAGUCAGACUAGGGAGAGACCAUGGAAAUGUGGGAUUUGUGAGAAGAGAUUUCUUUACGCAUGCCAACUGGAAACUCACCAACGCAGUCACACUGGAGAGAAGCCAUUCAUCUGCUCUGCUUGUGGGAAGGGAUUCACUCAGUCAUCCAACCUGAAGGAACACCAACGAGUCCACACUGGAGAAAAGCCAUUCACCUGCUCCAUUUGUGGGAAAGGAUUCAUUCAGUCAUCUGGCCUGCUUAAACACCAGAGAGUUCACACUGGGGAGAGACCAUUCACCUGUUCUGAUUGUGGGAAAGGAUUUACUCAGUCAUCCAGUCUGUUGAAACACCAGCGAGUUCACACUGGAGAGAGACCAUUCACCUGUUCCCAGUGUGGGAAAGGAUUCACUCAGUCAUCCAGCCUGUUGAUACACCAACGGGUUCACACUGGGGAGAGACCAUUCACCUGCUCUGAUUGUGGGAAAGGAUUCAGUCACUCAUCGACGCUGCUUAAACACCAGCGAGUACACACAGGAGAGAGACCAUUGAUCUGUUCUGUGUGUGGGAAAGGCUUCGUUGAUUUGAACUCUCUGCUGAGACACCAGCGAGUUCACACUGGGAUGAGACCAUUCACCUGCUCGGAGUGUGGGAAAGGAUUCACUUGCUCAUCUAACCUAUUGAGACACCAGCGAGUUCACAGGGGGGAGAAACUAUUCACCUGCUCUGAGUGUGGGAAGGGAUUCACUCGGCCAUCCAGACUGAUAGCACACCAGCAAAUUCACAAAGAACCACAGUUGAAGGAUUUUGCUCUGAUUUAUACCAAGGAAUGAACCAUGGUCUUUGAGCCACUGAUGCUGAUGUUAUUGAUCCCUGCUCAAUUCAAUUGUCAGUAAAAUGUUAAUAACAAUUGUGUAACUGUAAGGUAGGUUUUGUAAAUAAUCACAUCAUCACUAUACGUGGUUGGUCAUGGCAUUAAUCAACUCCAGCCUCCCCACUACUCUUGAUCCACUCCAAUUUGCCUAACAGACCAACCAAUCCAUGUCAGAUGUCGUAUCGCUUGCCCAUCACUCCUCCCUAGAACGUCUUGACACCAAGAACAGCUACGUAAGAAUCCUACUCAUUCCAUAUAGUUCAGUCUUCAACACUAUUAUCUCCUUGAGACUGAUUAUUAAACUUUGUGAUCUCAGACUAAGCCCCACUCUCUGCAACUGGAUCCUCAGUUUCCUAACCCACAGGCCACAAUCAGUGAAGACUGAGGACAGUAUUUCAUCCUCACGAUAACACUCAACACUGGAGCUCCCCAGGGGUGCAUACUCACCCCCUACUGUACUCACUGUAUAUCCAUGACUGCAUCACCAAAUACCAGACUAAUGCCAUU